GUGCGAAGCAUUGAAUGGAACAAGGGUGGAAGGAUGAAUGGAAGGGCAUCGCAGUGAGUGCACCAGGUGCCCGUCACACACUUCAUUCUCUCAUUGUCAGUCAGGCCAUGCAGAGAGAGAGAGAACACUGGACACUCAUCCUUUACAUGUAGCUGUCUGUCUAUCGGCUCUCAGUUCCCCUCUGCUUCAUCGGGUCAAUCUCAACCACCUGAUCCUGCACACACACACACAUUGAACAAACAGCCGGCCAAAGAAGUGGCCCGCCCGUCAUCCAUCGAUCCAAUCCAACGAACGGACCUCUUAUUAUCCACCUAGUGUGUACCUGAUUAGGGUUGACGAUACUGGCAGUGAAGUCAAGAUACCACUCCCACAGCAGCACCGCCAGCAGCAACUGAACCACACCUCACUCAACACACCGCACCCUUCUGUCUGUCUAUGGUGUGGUGGUGCCGUCCCCUGCCCACCGGCGUGACGGUCUGUUGCAGCUUGGCGUCAUACGCCUGUGUGCCGGGGACGGCCAUCAAGAACCGAAUGCCGUUGUACACCUGUUGAUCGAUCAACGGAUGGAUGGAUGGAUGCGCACAGGGCUGCGCUGCGUGUGUGGGUCACUAAGAGAGUGCCUCCCUCACUUCAGUGAGUGCUUCAUUCACUGACUGACCGCGGCGAAGGUGCAUCCUGAGGCGAGCAGGAACUGCAGGCGCUUUGGGAAGAACCUCUGGCAGCUCCACAGCUGCAGCUUCAGACCGAAAUCACGCGCCUCAACCCUGCAAACAAACAAAGGGAGUUGUUAACACACAACACAGCCAUUCGUAUCACGAGGUCAUCCAUGGCCAUGGUGGUGCUAGAGAGGGUCGUGUGCAUGUGUGUGUGUAUGUCUAUGUACCUGACUUUCUGAGGCCAGUACUGGAGGUCAGUCGGCUGGUUUCGAGACUCCCGCUCCCUCAGCCACGUCAGCUGAGCCAAAGACACACAGACAGACAGACACGCGAAGAUUCUCCACAUUUGUGGGGCUGGUCUGGAAUUUUUCUGGUUGGUUGGUUGGCUACCAGGUGUGGAGGGGCCACCUCAUCCAGCUGCUGAGUCUGCCCCACACACACACACACACACACACGACCCAGGACCCAGCCAUGGGUGUUCCGAUCACCCAUGGCAGCAUUGCAUUCACACCGACAUACGCACCUGUUGAAUGAGUUCCCUGAUGAUGUCCCGCUGCUCCUUGGUGAACUGCAGCAGCGCCCGGCGCACAUACGCACGUUUGCGAGACCUGGCGUCCCUCCCUCCAGACACCUGCUGGCAUGAACCAACCAACAGCCACACACACACAUCACGGACGGCACCUCAGCCCACCAGGCCACACACAUACCUGAGCGUCGCUCGCCGUCUUCGUAGCUGCUGCGCCAUCCCCCAGUGGCUGCACCAUCCGCCACGCCUCUUCGCUGCUGCUGCUGCUGCUGCUGCUGCUGACAGGUGUGUGUGGCGGUGAAGGUGCCGUUGGCUGUAUGUUGAGGUCGUGCAUCUGUGUCUGCAGCUUCCGCAGCCUCUGCUGCAGUGUCGUCAGCUGGGCGUAGUCCUUCUGAAGCGACUCCACCACCUCAGGAUACCGAGAGAAACCCGACAGCUGCACAACACAUAGAAAUGUGGCUGCCUGCUUUUCGCCAUUGAUGGCUGGAUACACUCACUCACCGCUUCCACAGGCAGAGAGGACACAUUUGGCGCGACAGCCGACGGCCUCGACACUUCCCUUAGGCCCCCCGCACCGGUCGCCACCUCCUGCCGCUGCUUGACCUUGAUGUUUCUGAAGUAGCGGUCGAAUAUCUGCCGCUUCCUGAGGGCGAUCUCCGACUUGAGCGACGAGAUCUGCUGCUCACGGGGGUCGGUGAACGGCCGGGAAGGGGCGGCUGGGGGAGAGGGGGAGGGCUCGAGCAGGCGGCUCAGAGAGGGUGGCAGAGCUGGCUCUGAGAGAGAGAGAGAGAAAGGGAGCCAUUGAAUGGUGUAUGCUUUGUGUGUUGGGGGCAUACCGCUGGUGUCCGUCUUGACGGGUGGCAUGUUGGGGUCAUCGAGCUCGGCCAGGACCUCCUCAAACACAGCUGACACAACACAGCACAACACAACGAGCGAAUGAACACAUGGAAUGGGACGCUGGCUCUCCACCCUCCCACCACGUCUGCUCACCGAGAUCCACACCCUCUUCCAGUGCAAGCCCGCUCGACUGUUUCAGCAGCAGCAGCAACUCAUCCCGCAGGCCGCCGCGGCCUCCUGGCGCCACUGUGGCAGCAGCUGACGAUGAGGGCCUGGUCUCCGUCGCCGGCUGAGCUGACAUCCUCGGAACCGUCGGUAGAGAGAACAGAGGCCGGUGGGAUGGGGAGGGAGGGGGGCUGACGAUGAAUGCAUUUGACGCCGCGAUGCACUGCCACACCGCAAGGAUGAAGAGCGUCGUCGGUAGGGGCAUACAGAUGGGAUCAGUCAUCGGCACUCAUUCACUCGUCCAGAUCUCGCAAAGCCGGAAGCUCACGCUGCAGCAGUUGUCGGCUGCCCACUGAUUCUUAUAUGUUUGACCCUCAUCUGCCUUCGCUUUU